AUGGAGGAGAGGGUAAAGGGGUGUAAGGAGGUUAGGAAAGAAGGGGAGUGUAUAGAGAGCCAUGAGGUGGAGAAGGAGAAACAUGAGGGUGUGGUAUCCAUAAUUGAGGAGAGAAGAGUGGGAGGGAUUACAGAAAUAGAAGAAGAUGGAAAAGAAAUGGGGGAAUGCCUUUGGGUGAAGAUGAAUGGGGAAAGUAAGGGGCUACUGACAGGAUUCUAUGGGCAUCCAGAAACCGCCAAAAGGAAGGGAUCGUGGGAGCUUUUGCAAAUGCUAAAACCCUCUUCUGAGUUAGGUUGGUGCGUAAUUGGUGAUUUUAAUGAGCUGAUUUCUCAAGAUGAAAAAUGGGGGAGAAAUGAAAGAAGAGAAAGCCAGAUGGAAGAGUUCAGAAAUGCCUUAUCUCUUGGUGGGUUGAGUGAUCUGGGAUGGAGGGAUACUAAGUAUACUUGGAGCAAUGGCCACUCAGAUGGGUCUUUUGUAAAAGAGAGACUUGAUCGUGCUGUUGCUAACCAAGUAUGGAGAUGGGGUUAUAGCAGGGUUGAGGUUGAAACUUUGGUAGCAUGGAGCUCUGACCACCUUAAUCACCCCUUCCCUUUGAGCUUUCCCAAAUAA